CUCACUGUUUACGGGAAGUGGGCGACGGGAGUGAAAUGCCAACCAUCAUGUGAGGAAACUUGAAGCCUGCGGUGCUAAUCCACUGCAGACAUAAAGUACUGACAGUUACAGCUUUGAAAUGUUAUCCGUGCAUGUUGUGCUUAGGUAGUUCAGAUAAGAGCUUAACGAAAGCAGAGAAUUGUCUGUAUAUUUACAUCUUUUUGGCAUCUAAAUAGUUGCAGAUGCACAAAUGAGAGAAAAAGGCGAACAAAAAGUUUGCAUGCAUUAAAGAAAAGAGGAACUGUUAUGGUGGUAAAGAAAAAAAAAAUAAGUAUAAGUAAUCUGAAUGCGUCUUGUGAAUAAGAGCUUGAGGAAAAUAAGUGAGCUGAACAUUAAAGAGGAGAUAUGUGGAACACGCAGCUAUAACCAGGACUACAUCCUCCACAUUCACUCAUCGGACACUGUGGCCGCCAGCGGACUGCUUCUCUCGCCUCUUCCUGCUUCGUGAACAGAACCGCGUGAAGGAAAUCCACCCAACACGGAGCAAACAGCUGGGCUGCACCCGGAACCCGCGGGAUCCACUGGGACGCAGUGGAUCCGCGUCAACUGGCUCCAGUACACGGAGCUCCGCAGCCGCUGCUUUCUCCCGCCAGUCACGACCCUCCUCUGCAUCCGGCUAUGGACGGCGGCGCCUCGGCGUGCAGAUAAACACUGACUCCGAGUGACGUCCGGUCAUGACAACCCAGCGGUCGACUUGGAUCCUGAAGGUGCAGUGUCAGGAAGAUCAACACUUUGUUCCAGAUGAGGAGAGAAGGAAGCACUGGGCUGAGCUGUUCGAACAGCUGGACCUCAACAAAGAUGGACGCAUUGACAUGCUGGAGCUGCAGGCGGGGCUGGCACACAAAGGGCUCUCCAACGGCUGCCUGCAGAAGAUUGUAGAGACCGGGGACACCAACCAAGACGGAGUCCUGGACUUUGAGGAGUUCGUCGAGUAUCUUCACAACCACGAGAAGCAACUUCAAGUCAUGUUUCACCAUGUGGACAGAAACAAAGACGGUUGGAUUGAUGUGGAAGAGAUUCAGGACUGUCUGCACACCAUCGGUGUGAAUGUUAGCCCUGAAGAUGCUACCAGGAUUCUGCUAAGUAUGGACAAGGAUGGCACCAUGACGAUUAACUGGAGUGAGUGGCGCGACUACUUCCUGUUCAAACACCUGAACGACAUGGAGGAUGUGGCUCGGUUCUGGAAGCGUUCAAUGAUAUUGGACACAGGCGAGCAGCUGACAGUCCCAGAGGAGUUUUCAGAAGCGCAGAAGAAGUCUGGCUAUAUGUGGCGGCAGCUGAUGGCGGGAGUCAUGGCUGGAUCUGUGUCCCGAACCGGAACCGCUCCACUGGACCGCCUCAAAGUCUUCAGACAAGUACACGGCUCCUCUGAAUUUAGAGGCAGCGCUCUGAGCGGGUUUAAGUACAUGCUGAACGAGGGAGGACCAUGGUCUCUGUGGAGAGGCAACGGAGUCAAUGUCCUGAAAAUCGCCCCUGAGACUGCCAUCAAAUUCUCCACUUAUGAACAGAUCAAGAGUGUGAUGCGCGGUCAUGAUGAAACAAGAACUCUGAGGGUUCAUGAGAGGUUUGUCGCCGGCUCUUUGGCUGGAGCAACAGCUCAGACAGUCAUUUACCCGAUGGAGGUGCUGAAGACGCGACUCAAUCUCAGAAAAACGGGUCAGUUCAAAGGAAUAGCAGACUGCGCCAAACAGAUCCUGCAGCGGGAAGGCGCUGCGGCCUUCUACAAGGGCUACGUCCCCAACAUGCUGAGCAUCGUCCCUUAUGCUGGUAUUGACCUGGCCGUGUAUGAGACGCUCAAACUUGCAUGGCUGAACCGGAACACGGGCUUGUCUGACCCGGGGGUGAUGGUGUUGUUGGGAUGCGGCGCAGUCUCCAGUACAUGCGGGAUGCUUGCGAGUUACCCGCUGGCGCUGAUCCGCACACGCAUGCAAGCACAAGCUUCAGUGAAAGGAUCCCCUAAACUUUCAAUGCUGUCCUUGCUCCGCAACAUUGUUACGCAAGAGGGCAUCGCCGGACUUUACCGAGGAAUCUCCCCCAACCUGCUAAAGAUCGUCCCGGCCGUGAGCGUGUCCUACGUCGUCUAUGAGUACAUGAGAAUAAUGCUAGGAAUGGACUUCGAGGGUAGGAGGGAAGGGAAGGGGCAUGGGUAGAUAAAGGAGACGAGGUUUGCUGUGAGUUUUUAUCUGCAAGCAUGUGCAGAAACGUCGUCAGUGCAUGAAGAAAGGGCUUUACUCGUGAACAACUUUGAGACAACUUGACUUGCUUUUAUGACGCCUUGAAGAAAAAAAGACUACUGCAAUUCCGGACAAAAAAAUUACCAGGCAGUUGGACGUUGUACUUUUAUUUAAUUUAUUUUGGUUUGACAAUAAUUUGAUGGUAAUUACCGAUCAUCAACUGGAGGAAAAAAGUACUAUAAUGAUGGUCAGGGUUAUAUAUAUAAUAGGGAUAUAACCAUCAUUAUAGUUUUAAACAAAACUUCACCCAAGCAUGAUGUCUUGCAAACAUAUUCAGACCUCUUUAAUGUUUUCACAUUUUGUCAGCUAAAACUAUUACUGACAGAUUUAGAUGUUCUUGUCAUUCAGCGUAACAUGCACUACUGAACAAAAUUAUGACACAUGCUAGGUCACAAACAGAAACCAGCUGGACAAACUAUAAAAUAAUACAAAAAGAAGAAUAAAAUAGAAUAAAAACAAGAAUAUUUUAUUGGGAGUUAAGGUAACAGAUCAAAACAAAAAUCAUUGAGAAGUGGAAGUAAAAUGAUGGGGGAGAUGAGAGCACAUUUUCAUUCAACCUUCUUUUCCUCUGAUGCCCCUAAAUAAAAUUCAGUGCAACUACAUGCCUAUAGGAGGAACUUAGUUUACAAUUCUGCACUAUUUUGUGUUGCUCUAUGCCAUAAGUCCAAAUACAAUACAAUGGGGUUUGUAGUCGUAACGUGACAAAAAUGUGAAAAGGUUUAACAGGUAAAAAUAGACCUGGAAGACA